UUCCUCUUCCGGCUCAUACGGAAGGCAGAUGCCGUCGCUGGAGCCUCUUGUGCCGUUUGGAGGGUCGAAGCGGUUCCUGGGAGAAAAAGAGCAAGAAGAGCACUCUGGACAACAGAAUGAGAAGCAGCAUUAAAAUGCAAAACAAACCAUCAAUCAAAAUAUUUUCCAUUUCCUUCAGAAAGUAUAAAAACACUUCUCCUUCCUCGGCAGAGAAACAAAGGAGAGAAUAACAAGGAAAAUAGAAUUUGUAGGACAUAAAAAGUCAAGGGGGAUCAUUUCCAAAUUCAGAAAAAGUAGGAAAUCGCUGGAAGUUGGUGGGAAGGAAAAGAGCUUUUGGAUGGCCAAAAAGGGCAGGCAUUAAUGAAAUCCUUUGAGGAAGGAAAGAGUGACUUGAACCAAACAAACACCAGGUAAGAGAUCAGAAAUAUUUUUUGCCACCUCAAGAAUCCAAGAAUAUCAGUGUUGGAAAAACUCCACAGUGCCUAAUGUGGGGAAAACGCUAAUUGCAGAUCACAUCUGAGUUAUGCAUGUCAAUCCACCCCGUGAAAAUGCAUAUAAAUGUUUGGAGUGCAGCAAAUGCUUUAUUGAGAACAGGUCAUUGUUUAAUGGGGCCCAUGUGGCAAAAAAUUUAGCAUGCAAACCAAUCUGGUGAUACACAAGAUGACUCAUACUGGAGAAAAACCUUAUGAUUGUCUGUAUUGUGGGAAACAUUUCCAACAUAAUUCCAAGCUGGCGAUACACCAGAGGACUCACACAGGAGAGAAACCAUAUGAGUGUCUGUAUUGUGGGAAACGUUUCAGUCAGAAUUGCAACUUGGUGAAACACCAGAGAACUCAUACAGGAGAAAAACCAUAUGAAUGUGUGGAUUGUGGGAAAAGUUUCAAACAGAACUCCAACCGACUUGUACACCAGAGAACUCAUACAGGAGAGAAACCCUUUGAAUGUCCUGAUUGUGGGAAAGGUUUCAGUUAUAAUUCCAACCUUUUGAAACACCAGAGGACUCACACAGGGGACAAACCAUAUGAAUGUCCAGAUUGUGAGAAAGAUUUCAAUUGGCACUCCGACUUGGUGAAACACCAGAAGACUCACACAGGAGAAAAACCAUAUGAGUGCCUGGAUUGUGGCAAAAGUUUCAGUCGGAAUUCCCACCUGGUGGAACACCAAAGAAUUCACACAGGAGAGAAACCAUAUGAGUGUCCUGAUUGUGGGAAAGGUUUCUCUCGGAAUUCCUAUCUAGUAGUACACCAGAGAAAUCAUACAGGAGAGAAAAUGUAUGAGUGCCAAGUGUGUGGGGAAAGUUUCAGUUGGAAGUCUGAACUGGUGAAGCACCAGAAGUCACAUAGAGGGGAGAAACCAUUUCAGUGUCUGGAUUGUGGUAAAAGUUUCAAUUGGAAUUCUGCUCUCUUGAUACACCAGAGGACUCACACAGGAGAAAAACCAUAUGAGUGUCUCGAAUGUGGGAAAAGUUUCAUUCGAAAUUUCGACUUAGUGAUACAUCAGAGGAUUCAUACAGGAGAGAAACUGUAUGAGUGUCCGGAUUGUGGAAAAAGUUUCAGUCAGAAUUCUCACCUGAUGUUACACCAGAGGACUCACACAGGAGAGAAACCAUAUGAAUGUAUGUAUUGUGGGAAAAGUUUCAGUCAUAAUUCCAACCGGAUGAAACACCAGAGGACUCACACAGGAGAAAAACCAUAUGAAUGUCUCGAAUGUGGGAAAGGUUUCAGUCAGAAUUCAUACCUGGUGAAGCAUCAGAGAAUUCACACAGGAGAUAAACCAUAUGAGUGUCUCGAGUGUGGGAAAUGUUUCUAUCGGAAUUAUGACUUGAUGAUACACUGGAGGACUCACACAGGAGAGAAACCAUACGAGUGUCCAGAUUGUGGCAAAGAUUUCAGUAUUAGGUCUAACCUUAUAAAUCAUGUUAGGUUACACACAGGGGAGAAACCAUUCAAAUGCCCAGAUUGCGAACAGUGUUUCACACGGAAUUCCUCUCUUAUCGCACACAAGAAAUUCCACAUAAGGCAGAAUUUGAUGUGUGUAGAGGAAUCUUGAAUUUCGUUUCUCAUUUCUUAUCGGAAGCCCCGCUGAGAGAUUAAUAAUUUGAUUUCUUGCAUGAUUCUUUUUAGUCAAACGUGUCUUAGUAUCAAACAUGGGGAAGGAAAUCUGAGCUUUCUUUCUCUGGCUCAGUGCGGUGGUUCCCUUUCAUGGAGUCGAGGGCAACUGCCAUUCUGGGCCAGAAAAAACAACCUUGGCUCUCUAUUAGAUAUGUUUGCCACCUUGAUUUAUUUCUACAUAUAAUAAAGGGGGAUCUAAAUAUG